AUGGCCCUGCUCCUAUCUGACUGGUGUCCUGAUGGAGACAUGGGCACCCGCACAGGAAAGGGCCCGGGGAGAACAACACAUUGUCUCCAAGCCAGGGAGAGAGGCGUCCGGGGAACCCAGCCCUGCCUGCGCAUGUAGCUCUGCCUUUCCGCUCAGAAUUGUGAGGAAACCCGCUUCUCCUGUGCAAGCCUCCAGUCUGUGGUACUCGGCUGUGGCGCCCCCGGAUCUGCAUCGCCUCCUGCUCUGAGCCACCCGGCCCCACCGGAAGGGCUGAGCUUCUCUCCCUUUCACUGCCUGUGUUCUGGGAAACGUUCAGAAUCCCCAGGCUGUUUCUGGAAUAGUCUGGGGUGGUCAUUUUUGGUCCUCACGGAACCAGAGGUUUGGAAAGGGGGUUGCAGAGAAUCUGGCCCAGCCCAUCACCAGCCCUCUGUGCUUGUUAUUUAUUCUUCAAUUACCUGGAUAUGCAACUCGGAUUUAAAACAUCAAUUUAACAUACAGAUAAUGCUGGGACUGCAGCUUCGCCAGGUGGCCUUCCUCUCAUGGUUGGGAGGCCUCACGCCCAUCUUGUCCCCCCAUGCCCCCUUCUCAGUGCACCCUUGGAAUUUCACCCCUCCCCGCCAGCUGCCCCCACCGCCUCCCCCUGCCCUGAAGCCCCUACUCCGACCAUCCGCCCCGGACACUUCCACGCUCUUCUUGAUGGUGGGCUCGCUCCAGGUGCCGCUCGUUCCCCAGCCGGGCCGCUGUGGUCUCACUGAAGCUCAGGUGCUCUCGGAAGCAGAAGGAAUGAGGGGCAUCUCAUCCCCCUACACCGCAGAGGCGAGGUCUGCACAAGGCCUCUGCUCCCCUGGGAACAAGCCCAUGGGCUCCAUGGUGGGCAGACACCAGCAGCUGCAGUCGGUCCCGUGUCACACAGCUGCGCGAGGUGGCUCCACACGCACCCACUGGGUCCGGAGGAUGCUGCCCCUGGCUUGA